AUUUAUUCGAAUAAGUUGGUAAAUUUUCAACUGCUGAUAAGCGAAAGUUUCAUUCAACAAAUCAGUAGGUAAGUACUGAGUAAGGUACUUGGUACUUGAUAGAUCAAUUUUCAAACAAUGACUCAAUGUUCUGAUUCAUAUCCUUCGUGCAGAGAAUAAACCGUUACUAAAUGUGGUCGAUAAACGUGUCGUUUGAAUUUUUAAACAGGCCUUAUCAGUAUUACCUAUAUCCUUAUUUCAACUAACGAAGUUCAUCAUUAAAAAAUACCUAAAUAGCCCUGCCAUGACCUCAUUCUGGAUCAAUGUUCUCCUCUUUGUCUCAACAUCGAGCUCAUCCUGGGCCACAACAAUCGAAUACCCUACAGCAGUCCGAAUAAAAGACAACUUUAACCUAACACUGCACGCCAAAUAUCCUCAAAUCACCUACGGUUGGCUCACUUUCAAAGGUAUCCUGUGGAAAAACAACAUCUACGUCGAUAAAACAAUGCUGAUCAGGAAACUACUCACAGACGACCACCAAGGCCAUAAAAUCGUGCUUAUUACAGGACCUCGUAAAUUCUGCAAAACCAUAAACCUGUACAUGAUGAAAGAAUUCCUAAAACACGAGGUCGACUGGGAUGCAAUUCGAAUACCCAUCAAUGAAACCUACGGUUACAAGCUUUUUAGAAACCUUAGCUACGAAACAAGCUGGGUACACAAUACUUGGGAGCUGAUCAAACACCCCUUACUGGUCACCGAAGAUACCCAGUUUGUGGACCAACAUCAGGGCCAAUAUCCCACUAUUUUCAUCACAUUCGAUAACAUCACCGGUGAUAAUUUCAUCGAAAUAUACAACUACAUGUUGUACGAAAUGCAUCACGCUUUUCGAGAGCAUAUUUACAUCAUUAACCAUUUGAGUUAUUUGCUUCGCGAUGAAAAGAAUCAGACUAAAUUCGAAGAAAUUUACAACACGUUUACGUAUUAUUUGGCUAUCGAGAACGAAGGAGGAGCCGAAGACGAGAUCGCCUCAGCUUUUCUAUUCUUAUCCGAACUUUUGUACAAAUAUUACAACAAGAAGAUGUACAUAUUCGUCAGCGAUUACGAUUAUAUUUUGAGAAAGGUGUUAUUCGAAAUCACCACUAUACCUUACAACGAUAAAGAAAGAAUACUGAAUUGGUUCGAGACGUUUUACGAGUUCACUUUGGUAGGCAAUCCUUACGUAGAGAAGGUUUUCUUAACAGGUGUAUUUUCAUUUCCAACUCGUCGAAUGCGUUUGCUCAUCAGAGACGUCUACGAGUACGAUUUUUAUCGAGACCUAUCCCAAUACUACGGUUUCACCGAACAAGAAGUCGACUCAUUUUGUCAGCACUUCAAUAUAGGUGAAAAAUUAAAAAACGAGUUACGUCUAAGAUACAACGGAUACAAAGGAGGUGAAAAUUACACUCGAAAUGUGUACAAUCCUUGGUCCAUGAUUAGAUUCCUGAACCAGGCUGACCGUAAAGUGAAACCAUUUUGGCCGAAAGAGACCAAAAUUGAAAUUGUAGCGAGAUUUGCUCGAAAUGAAAAAGUCAACGAAACGUUGCAGAGUUUAAUCCGAGGCGAAACCGUGUUUCUGCGCAGAGAAAGGCUGCAUUUCACUAGACAGGAUUUCGAGAAUUUAAAAUAUAAGAUUAUUUAUAAACACGAAUUUGUCGACGACGAUAUUCAAAUAAUUUUAGGCUAUUUGUACAGAACUGGGUAUUUGACACCUUGCGAGAAUGUAGAUAACAGCGAUGUUCAGGUUGCUGUGAGGAUGCCGAAUAGAGAGACUAAGAAUGGACUGGAGGGUAGAUUACAAGGGUAGCGAGUGUUCUGGAGGUAGAUUUUUUAAGACUGUUUCUCUAUAUUAUAUAUAUUUUUUUUAGAUAAUUCAUUGAUGAAAUAAAGAAUAAUUUUUCACGA